AUGGAUCACCGUGAACUAGAUGAUCUUUGGGACUAUGCUGUUUUCCGGGGUACAGAACCUCGUUAUGCCCGGGUUAAGCAGGUUAAGAAGCCCGUUGAAAGAUUUGCCGUUCUAGAACGACCGCGUGCCUUAGGAUUUGCUUCACCUAUUGUUUAUACGGGCCAACUCAGUCGGGAAACUCGACGGGAACGUUUGGCCAAACGACCUUUAGCUAAGAGUCCUUUUCGUGUCUUAGAUGCCCCUUCUGUUUUGAAUGAUUAUUAUCUAAAUGUUCUAGAUUGGAGUAGUGAAGACAUUAUUGCUUUGGGUCUAAGCGAUCAUUUGUAUCUUUGGAAUGCCAGAACUAGAUCGGUACAAAGACUAACGGGAACGAGUGAAUCUAAUUAUGUGGCUGGUUUAGCCUUCUCUCCUGAAGGUUUACUAGCGAUGGGGACUUCUGAAGGUCGAGUUGAGAUUUUUGAUUUAGAUAAGAAAAAGAUCAUGGAUUUACCCCAACGUAAUUGUCGGGUGCCUAGUUUAGCUUGGGGUCCUGGUAUUCUUUCAGUUGGUGCUAAGGAUGGGAGUAUUUUUAACUAUGAUAUCAGGAGUGGUGAACAUGUUUCUAGUUUCUUACAUCAUACUCAGGAAGUGUGUGGUUUAAGAUGGGAUGGAGAUAUGAACUAUUUAGCAAGUGGAUCUAAUGAUAAUAAUGUAUGUGUAUGGCGUAAUGGAUGUACUAGGCCUCGGGCUCGUUUGGAGAAGCAUACGGCAGCAGUAAGGGCUUUAGCUUGGUGUCCUUGGAAGAAGGGAGUGCUGGCCACGGGGGGAGGGACUGAUGAUCGGACGAUUAGAAGUUGGGAUGUAGAGAAGGAAGUUUGUUUAAGUAGUGUAGAUACGGGAUCGCAAGUCUGUAGUUUAGCUUUUAGUGAGAAGUAUAAGGAGAUAAUCAGUACGCAUGGGUAUAGUGAUAAUUCGGUUGGAGUUUGGAAGUUUUGUACGAUGCGCAAGAUUGGGGUUAUGGAAGGACAUACGGAUCGAGUGCUUUAUAGUGCUUUAUCACCCGAUGGGAAUGUAUUAGCUACUUGUGCUGCUGAUGAGAAUCUUAACUUUUGGCAGUUGUUUGAAUCACCUACUGAGAGUAAAGGAUCGGAAUCUUCUGUUUCUAUGCGCUAG